UUCAUCUUGCGAUUAUCGGUGCGGCGUUUCGGUGUCUUGGAGUUUAUUAGCCGGUCGAGCAUGUCUUUGUGACAUAUCGAACAGGCCUUGUGGGUUGCGAGGAAAACUAUUCUUAGGGGCACGUUGCGAACCAUGGACCAACCCAUGGCUACCCGGUUUUACGACGGCCAGAGUAAGUUGAUACUAUUACUAACAUUCCCUAAUUUCCCCUUCCUGUCGUUGUUUUCUCCUGAGUUCAAUUCACGAUCUACGAUUUUGAAUUACCCCAGCAUUUAUCCUGCGGAUGAUUGGGUUGGACCCAGUAAUUUUGCUUUGCCUUGCUUUGUUGCUUUGCUUUGCCUUGCUGCGGUGCGUUGCUUUCCCCCCCUUCCUUUUUUGCCUUUUCUUUUCCCCCUUCUUUUUGCCCCUUCCUUUUGCCCCUUCCGUUUGCCCCUUAUUCCUUGCCUGUCUUGUUGUUUUGUGUUCCUAUCCCCUUUGCGUGCGCUGUAUAGUAUAAUUUCUUAGAAUCCUGGCUUUCGGGCUGUCCGAUGGGUCUUCAAUGCUUUGCCUGGUUUCGUGGUAUGCAAUGGUGUGGCUUUUUCGGCUGGUGAGGGGGCGAUGGAUAUGCGUACGAUUUCUUUGGUGGACAUGUUGAA